AUGACUCGGAAAGUAAGCAGAACGUUCCGGCGAUACCUCCACAAUUUGGUGAACGCUACGGGAAUCCAUGGCUUAAAACAUCUAGUCAACGCAAGAGUGCACAUUCUGGAAAAAUUUGUCUGGUCCGGACUAGUAAUCGCAGCUAUCGCAGGAACUAUUUUCACGAGUUUGAAUCAGUUCAAGCGCUACAAAGCAAGACCAACUGUUAUAUCUUUGGAACGUGACUACAGAUCCUGGAAUGGAACUCUUCCGGCUGCAACAUUGUGCUACCACGACCAUCUAGAUUCCUACAAAGCGGAUAAGUUCAUCCAAGAACGGUGGAACAUCGGCAUUGUGAAUGAUGAAUACUUCUACUUUCUGGAGUUCCUGUACUCAGUAGUGAAUGCCUCAGCCACUAACUACGGAGAUUUAGCUAAAUUCGCUCAAGAUGAACGAUUCGAUGACAUCGACCUUUUCGACGUUGCUAAAACUAUCGACCGCACCUUUGAACAAACAAUUACUUCAUAUGAUCCUAACAUCCACGUUGAAGUCCAGCCCAUAAUGACAGAAAGGGGAAUGUGUUACGCGUUCAAUUCGCCAAUGUCAGAAAUAUUGAGACAAAGGAAAAUGACUGCCCCGAAGUUUCGAAACCCACUCUCGUGCCAGUACGGGAAACAACAGUGCUUCCUUAAACUAGAUAUCUAUGAGAAUACAGGAACACUUGAAAUUCACUCCCCCUUCGAAGUGGCUGGGGCUGAUGCUGACUUAAUCACCCUUCAAAAAUCAGAUGAAAUUCUUGCCUCUUACAAAGUCGUUGAAACAGUGGCCAGCGCUUCGCUCCGCGAUUUAUCACCAAACCAGAGAAAAUGCGUUUUCUCCGACGAAAAUACAGCGGAAUUGCCCUUCUACAGUAAAACACUUUGCCUAAUGAAAUGUCGGGCAGUGAUGGCUCUGGAAAUGUGUAACUGUGUGCCCUAUUUCUACCCUUUUGUCGAUGGGCCCAGUUGUACUCCGGCGGGAUUUGAAUGUUUGCUGGAUUUCAAAUGGCCGAUUUGGGCUUUACACAUUUGUAAAUGUCCCAGCACUUGUACCGAGCAACAGUACUCGGUGCAUGCGAUCAAGAAAAGGACGUGGAGUGUUAAUGCCGAUAUUCCAUUCCAUCCUAAAUCCAGCUUCCGUUGGGACGUUCUGCCACCCAAGGUGCGGAUUCGAAGAAGUGUUCUCUUCAGCUUCGAGGAUUUACUAGUGUCAUUCGGAGGAGCGGCUGCACUUUUUCUAGGUUUCAGCUUUUGGUCACUGCUUUUGGGUUUUGAGGAAACCUUAAAAUAUAUUUUUGAUUCGUUGCGGACUUACUUAAGAAAACUCAAAAAUAAAUUUUUCAAACAGAAGGAAACGGCGUAAUCCCAAAAAUAGACGCGAUAAAAAUGGUAGAAAAUCACCUGCACUUAUUAUUGCGUUCGUUCGCAUAAAUUAGCAAAAGGAAAUGGAAUGUAAUUCACGC